CAACAAAAUCGUUACAAAUGUGGAAGUUUACAGUUUGAAAGUCAGCGACUACCAAGGACUUGUGUCAAUCUGUAGUAUGAUAAGUUAGUCUAAGUAUCUGGCAGGCAUCUCAUCGCAACGAAGGUUCGGAUUCUACAUAAUCAAGUGGCGAAAAUACAGGCAUUUCCUGGAAGUUGAAUAAUGGUACGGUGGUAAGUCGCGAAGAUAUAUCGGCGAGCAUGAAGAAUCGUUUGGCUGAUUUAACUCGUAGACACCAUGUCGAGGCCAGAAACUGGCGAUGAUGCAUCUAGUAUGCCAAUCGUGGGGGGAAUAUGUAAAACCCUCGAUGUCCCUGGCGAUCCCUGGACGUGUAAAGGAUUUAGUCCACUUGCCUGGCUUCAAACAUCGCCGAAAUACACAGUUUACAUGUCAAUCCCCAGUCUAUCUAUUUCAUACCUCAAUGAAAUUAGGCCAAUUUUUUGGCUCCUUUAA